AAAGAAAACAAAAAACAAAAAAAACAGAGACUACAAUAGUUGGGAGGAGAAGAAAUACAUUAACGAAGCGGUUAGGAGAAGAUGAAACUGUUCGACGCGCACUGUCACCUACAAGACCCCAGAAUCAUAAGCAAAGCUCCUCAACUCAUCUCCUCCGCUGUAGCUUCUGGUGUCUCUUCCUUCGCCGUCAAUGGAGUCUCCGAGAAAGAUUGGAACUUGGUCAAAGAGAUGGGAGUGAAAUACCCUUCUGUUGUUCCCUGUUUUGGUAUCCAUCCAUGGUAUGUAGCAGAGAGGAGUCCUCAUUGGUUUGAGACGUUGAAGAGCUUGUUUGAGACCACUCCUAGUGCUGCUGUUGGAGAAAUUGGUUUAGACAAAGGGUCUAAGGGAAGAGAGAUUGAUUUCUCAGACCAGGUUGGAGUGUUUCGUCAACAGCUCGAACUUGCAAAGGAAUUGAAUAAACCUGCGUCAAUUCACUGUGUCCGUGCAUUUGGGGAUCUACUUGAGAUAACAAAAUCUGUGGGGCCUUUUCCUGCUGGAGUCAUCCUUCACUCGUACUUGGGAUCUGCUGAGAUGGUUCCUGAAUUUGCUAAGCUCGGUGCUUAUUUCUCCUUCUCUGGUUUUCUCAUGUCCAUGAGUGAGAAGAAAGCCAAGAAGAUGUUGAAAGCAGUCCCUUCUGAUAGGAUCUUGUUGGAGACUGAUUCACCGGAUGCAUUACCAAAGUCAGAGUCAGGUGACCUCUACUUUGUAGAAGGAGAUCCUUCUCUAUCCGAAGAAGUAAACUCACCUCAGGAUCUUGAGUCUAAUGCGUCCAGUGGUGGCUCCAUGAAGUUGCCAAAGGAAACACUUAAUCACCCUGCUAAUAUUCAUAUCGUACUUGGGUAUGUAGCAAGGUUGUUGGACAUGAAGAACGAAGAACUCGCAGAACUAAGCUAUAGAAAUGCUGUUCGGUUAUUCUCUUACCCUGGUUCGAAGCUGCUUCUCGAGAAAGGUGCCGCUGAUGUCUCUGGUGGCACUCAAGACAAUUCAACAACACAUGUACCAUCAAGUUCUUAACACAUUUUAGUUGUAUUUUUGUCAUUACUCUGUUACAAGUCUUUGAAGUUGGAAUAGUGUUGUAGACUCUCAUACGUCUCUUUGUAUAAAACCUUUUAUAAUUAUGUGAACAUUGAAAUUUGACAUGUUCAUAUAUGUGAUGAUGAUAAUGAAGAUUAUAGACUUACAUAACA